CAGUCACAUUUCAACCACUGCCCUGAGAAUCCAUAUGAGCAGCCCCUAAGAGUGGCUGUUCCUUCUCUACAGCUGGGAAAUGAUCCUCUUAGUUUACUUAUUUCUCCUGCUGUGGGAAGAGGCUCGCGGAUGGGGAGUCAAGGAUGGAAUUUUUCACAACUCUAUAUGGCUGGAAAGAGCUGCAGGCGUGUACCACAGAGAAGCACGGGCUGGCAAAUAUAAGCUCACCUACAUGGAGGCCAAGGUGGUGUGUCAGUUCGAGGGCGGCCGGCUAGCCACCUACAAGCAGCUAGAGGCAGCCAGAAAAAUAGGAUUUCAUGUCUGCGCUGCUGGGUGGAUGGCCAAGGGAAGAGUUGGCUACCCCAUUGUGAAGCCAGGCCCUCACUGUGGAUUUGGAAAAGUUGGCAUCAUUGACUAUGGUGUCCGUCUUAAUAAGAGUGAAAGAUGGGAUGCCUACUGCUACAACCCGCACGCAAAGGAAUGUGGUGGUGUGUUUACGGAGUCAAAGCGAAUAUUUAAAUCUCCAGGCUUCCCAAAUGAAUAUGACGAUAACCAAAUCUGCUAUUGGCACAUCAGGCUCAGUUAUGGCCAGCGCAUUCACCUGAGUUUUUUGGAGUUUGACCUCGAAGAUGACACCGCAUGUCUGGCUGACUACGUUGAAAUAUAUGACAGUUAUGAUGAUGUCCAUGGCUUCGUGGGAAGAUACUGUGGAGAUGAACUUCCAGAAGACAUCAUUAGUACAGGAAAUGUUAUGACCUUGAAGUUUUUGAGUGACGCUUCUGUGACAGCAGGAGGCUUCCUGAUCAAAUACGUGGCAGUGGACCCUCUAGAUAAUCCCAGUCAUGGAAAAAAUGCAACUGCUACUUCUACUGGAAAUAAAGACAUUUUAGCUGGAAGAUUUAGCCAUAUAUAAAACAAACAGGAUUUUCAUUGUCAAUAUUUGUUCCUUCUGGAAACCUUUUUUCUUCAAUUUUGUAAUAAUAAUAUUAAUAUUAACAUCUAUUUAUUAUUUUUAAUGUGAAAGAAACACUUGAUAGUCUAGGGGAAAAUUGGAAAAUACAGACACAUUUCAAAAGAAUUAAGCUCUCUCAUAACUCAACUACAUAUAAAUAACAAGUGUUAACACUGAUUUUUUUUUUUUUUGUCUUCCUCCAACACCGAUAUUUUCCUGUUCUUUUAUGAUUUGUGGUUCAUGCAUAGUAUAUCCUGAUGUUUUGUAUUUGCAAAUUUGGAGUCCUAUGUAUAGGGUUUUUUUUUUCUUCUUCUAUGUACAGUUUUAUGCCUUCUUUUUUACAUUAAAGUGUGUGGCUUAAUCAUUUUUUCAUAUCACUGAAUAUUUACAAAACAUGAUUUUGGAAGAUUGUAUAAAGUA